AUGAGUGAACUCAAGGACUGCCCCCCUCUGAAAUACUAUGACUUCAAGCCAGUGGAGCACGUGAAGGUGUGUCCUCGCUACACGGCUGUGCUCGGCCGCUCAGAGGAUGAUGGCAUUGGGAUUGAAGAACUGGACACUCUGCAGCUGGAGCUGGAGACCCUCCUGUCCUCAGCCAGCCGCCGCCUCCGAGCUUUGGAGGAACAGAGACAGAUCCUCACAGACUGGCAGGACAAAAAAGGAGACAAGCGUUUUUUGAAGAUUGGUAAAGACCCAGAUCCUGCUGCCACAUCUCGUCAUAAACCAAAGAAGCAGAAGUUGGACGGUAAAGGAAGUCAUGCCCCAGGUCCUGGCCCAGGUCGACCCAAGUCUAAAAACAUCCAGCCCAAGGUUCCAGAGUAUGAGUUUACAGAAGAGCCUCAGGACAUUCCUCGUGUUCCCAAAAACGAUGCCCCUAACAGAUUCUGGGCAUCAGUCGAACCAUAUUGUGCUGAUAUAACAAAUGAAGAGAUCCGACUGUUGGAGGAACUUUUAAAACCACCAGAGGACGAAACAGAGUAUUUCAAAAUUCCUGCUCUAGGAAAACACUAUUCUCAGCGAUGGGCUCAGGAGGAUCUGUUGGAGGAGCAGAGAGAAGGAGCACGAGCCAAUGACAAAAAGAAAAACAUGAUGGGAGGACCACUGUCUGAGCUAGAUGCAAAGGAUGUUGACUCGCUGCUAAAAAAGUCUGAAUCCCAGCAUGAAUCCCCCGAAGAUGGCUGUCCUUUUGGUCCUCUGACACAGCGUCUUCUGCAGGCUCUCGUCGAGGAGAACAUUAUAUCCCCUAUGGAGGAUUCUUCCAUCCCAGACAUUACUGGGAAGGAUGCUAAUGAUGGAGCUGGAACGUCUCCUCGGAGCCAAGGAAAAGCUUUCAGUGUGCCACACACACGUUCACUGGAAGCCAGGAUCAAAGAGGAGCUGGUGGCCCAGGGUCUGCUGGACUCAGAGGAGAGACCGGGUCCUGCGGGGGACUCUGAGGACGAGGUUCUGGCUGAGCUUCAGAAGAGACAGACUGAGCUCAAGGCCCUGAGCGCUCACAACAGAGCACGCAAACAGGAGCUGCUUCGGUUAGCAAAGGAGGAGAUGCGCAAACAGGAGCUGAGGCAGCGAGUGAGAGUAGCAGACAAUGAGGUUAUGGAGGCAUUUCGCCGAAUCAUGGCAGCGCGGCAAAAGAAACGCACUCCAAGUAAGAAGGAGAAAGACCAAGCCUGGAAGGCACUGAAAGAGCGAGAAAGCAUCUUGAAAUUAUUAGAUGGAUAAAAAGCUCAACAUUCGGUGGAGGCUUCUUGAUGCCAUGAAAAAUAGAACAAGGGACUAAUGAUUGAAGGUUGUUUUGUGAUCAGUAAACGGAGCCCAUUAGUGAUGUCCACAAGCAGAGACCUAUUUGUAUUUUCAUUUUUUAAAAUUUGUUUUAUUUGUUAAAUGAUUAUGUUUUCUCAUUGUAACAUUGUGCUAUAAAAGAUGUGCUGUUUAAUAAAUAAUGACUGUGGGG